AUGGAGGGUCUUCCCCUUCCCGAAUCGCUAACCUGUCGUCUCAGCAUCAAGAAUGGUGACCCCCUUGAGGCAUGUCGCGACAAGGUCCCCCCCAGCAAAUUUCCCGGCCAAUGGAGACCUGAGUUUGAUAUCUAUCUCAAGCCAAACAACAAUGCAAAGCAGAAACAUUUCGAAGUCAUGUGUCAAGAAGAUGUGGCGCUUCUUGCUCAGCUAAAAGAGGUCUGGUACAGGGCAAGACGAAGACGCAAUGGGCAGGCCGGGUUCGAGCUUGAGGUAUUUGUAUACGUUCCCAAGCCCGAGGCACAAACGUCUCUUCGACGGGCAAGUGCUGCCCGAAUCCAAGAGCAGAUGCCCCGCGUGGCAGCGUUUCUGAGAGAGCACCAAGUCGAAGCGGGGCCAGCUUCGCGGAGAUACAUGGCUGUGACCCAAGCCCGUCUUCCUGAAGGAACGCCGUUAGCGGUACCAGACAGCGCUACCUUUCACCAGCGUCAGCAUGUAGACUACCGAGUAGUGCGUGUCAAGCUUCAUGGAGUGCCCGUCCCAUUGCAAGUUAAUGUCGGAGACCUGUGUGAGGCGCUCGGACUACCAAAUUACAGCCUACGACCCCCGUUUCGGCCUCCAACGAACAUUGAAACGCCGGUCCCUGCCACUAAUAUUGCGGACGAGGAGCACAGAGACCCGAAUGUCGAAUCGAUGGAGCAAUAA